AUGGCAAAUGAUACAUUAGCUCCAUGUGACGGGUAUCUCACUCCUGUAACUCCUGAAGCAUUAAGUGGUGCUAAACCAUUUCAUUACAGCCUUAAUAUUAAAGAUCCUGAUAAAAUGGGUUUAUAUAAAUGUUCUUGUACUGCUAAAUUUUAUGAUUAUGUUGCUGGUUGUACCACAUGUUUCCAAGGUCCAGGAGUUAAUGUUACAGUAGAUUCUUUUGAAACCUUUGCGGGAUAUUGUCUCAAUGCAGGCUAUGAUGUUAAUGACCCAUCAAAACAGCCCGCAACUCCGCCUAAAACGUCAGCUAAAGCUCCACCAUCACCAACACCAUCACCAAAACAAAAUCCAACAACACCUCCACCACCUUCCUCUAAAAAAAGUUGUAAUACUCCUAAUGAUCCUUGUAUUGCUGUCAAUGAAACAUUGACAAUUUGUGGCGGAGUUUUUAGUCCACCAUUCAAAUCCACAAGUUCUGGAAGUUAUGGUGUCGAUGAUCCAAAGUUGGCGCCUUGCAUGUGUAACGAUAAAUUCUAUCAACAACUAAAAAAUUGCACAAUGUGUUUUGCUACUCCAACGAAUAAUAUUACUGUUGUACCGCUUGAUAAAUUUAAAGAAGAAUGUAGUAAAUUAGGCGUCACUUAUGGAGCAACACUCUUUGGUAUUUUCUUGGGCUGGGCUUCUGCUAACAUGAUAUAA